AUGGCCAGCAUGGACGAGUCCAAUCAAUUGACUUUAGAAAAUCUAGGUUUUUCCCCUGAAAUAAUUGAUAUUAUAACUCGGCAUGGUGUAGACACGGCAGACUUCCAAGCCGUUUUAAAGUUCCUCACGGACUUUAACUUGGCCAGACUGGAGGAACAUGGCGAAGAAAUUUCUGUUGUAUUUACGUAUAACAUGGUCCCCGCUGAAGGAGAAGGGAGUUCUGGAUCAAAUCCAGCUGUUAAGAAGGAAGAAUCGUUGCUUGAUAACUCUCAAGAUAUUGACGACAAUGGAAACGUAAGCAUGAAACUGGAUACAACAGCAAAUAUCAACGAAACACUACCAGAACAACCGUGUACCGAGUGUACUGCGGAAAAGCCUCCGGGAGCAGAAUUGUUGCAAGAUCCGGUGGCUAGUCCCAUACCAACAGAAGAUAAACCAUCAAGUUCUUCGAAAAAUCAGAUAUCGGACCUGCCAUCGACGUCCAAGUCCAAGAACUCGGUCAAAACGAUAAUUUUAUGUUUGUCCCUACGUUUCGGCACUGAUUAG